AUGCCUUCUUCGGAAUCCAAUUUCGCCACCGCAAAGACCGUUUUGUCCACCCUCGGCUCCGUCGCGGCCACGGUCGUGGUGGUUCGUAGCGUCGUGCACGAUUACCUUCCCCAUGAAUUCCAAGACUACAUUUAUUCGGGCUUGAGAAAUUUGUUCAACAAAUUCUCAAAUGAACUAACUAUGGUGAUCGACGAGUUUGAUGGGCUAGUCAACAACGAAAUCUACGAGGCUGCCGAACUCUAUCUCGGCCCAAAAAUCACUCCCAACACUCGUCGUCUCAAAAUCAGCAAGCCCGAAAAGGAAAAGCAUUUCAACAUCAACAUGGAACGCAAUGAGGAAGUAAUAGACACAUACAAAGGACAGAAAUUCAGAUGGAUUUGGGUAUGCAAACAGAUUGAAUCAAGAAACUUUUACAACCCUAGAGACAUGAAUUCGACACUAAGAUCCGAGGUUAGAUCCUUCGAACUCACUUUCCACAAGAAAAAUCAAGAUUUAGUCAUCAAUUCUUACUUACCAUACAUCAUAAACCAAUCACUUAUAAACAAACAUGAGAAAAAAACUGUGAAAAUCUUCACAGUGGAUUACGAAAACAUGUACAACAUAAAUGAUUUGUGGAAACCCGUAAGCCUAGAUCAUCCCGCGACGUUUGAAAAAUUAGCAAUGGACACUGAACAAAAGGAGAUGAUUAUGAAGGAUCUUGAUAGGUUUGUGAAGAGAAGAGAGUAUUACAGGAAGAUUGGCAAGGCAUGGAAAAGAGGGUAUUUGCUGUAUGGUCCUCCAGGGACUGGGAAAUCUAGCUUGAUUGCGGCGAUGGCGAAUUACUUGAAUUUUGAUAUAUAUGAUUUGGAGUUGACUGAGUUAAGAAGGAACUCAGAAUUGAGAAAAUUGCUGGUAGCUACUGCAAAUAAGUCCAUACUGGUGGUGGAAGAUAUUGAUUGCACCAUUGAUUUGCAAGAUAGGGAGGCUAACAAGGAUAAUUCGCGGCCUGUAUAUUAUCCUGAGGAGGAAAACAAGGUGACAUUGUCUGGUUUUCUCAACUUUGUCGAUGGCUUAUGGUCAAGCUGUGGAGACGAGCGUAUCAUAAUUUUCACCACAAAUCACAUAGAAAAACUCGAUCCAGCAUUGUUGCGCCCUGGCCGAAUGGAUGUGCACAUCAAUAUGUCAUAUUGCACCCCUUGUGGAUUCAAACUUCUGGCAGCUAAUUACCUUGGCCUCAAGGAUCAUUUCUUGUUCCAAGAAAUAGAGGAUUUGAUCAAAAUUGUUGAAGUGACACCGGCUGAAGUAGCCGAGCAGCUUCUCAAGAGCGAUGACAAUGAUUCUAUUCUUAAAGGUUUGAUUGAAUUCAUUCAUUCGAAGAAAAAAGAAAAUGAAGAGGCUGAGGCUAAAAGGGCAGAAGCAGAAUCAUCCGAUAAGCAGGAAAAUGAACAGAAAGAGGAUAGCCAACAAGGAAAUUUCGAGGAAGAAAAAGGAAUCUUAAGCCAAGAAACUCAAAUUUAA